AUGAUUGCUUUGCACUUCACUUCACCCGCAGUGUUGAGCCUUUUUUCGCCGGUCCAUUGCUUCCUCCCUUCUCUUUGCAUCUCUUCUACCAGCAAGAUGCUGUCCCAGCAGCUCUUGACCUGGCGCCUGCCCAUUGCCGCCCGUUAUACCGUCCCCCGCGCCUUUUUCUCGCAUGCCCGGAUUCUUGCGGCUGCAGAAGUCCAUGAUCCUUUGCAGAAUGGCAACUAUGAGAACCCUCCCCGUGUCAAACGCGCCUUCAGAGACCCUUACGGCGGUUGGUGGGACCAGCAAGAAAAGCGCAACUUUGGAGAGCCGGUUCACGAAGAAAACGAAAUCCUCGGUGUCUUCAGCCCCGAACAGUAUACUCACGUUACGGCUCGCAAGGGAUUCUUCCACCUCGGAGUUUUUGUUGCGACUUUUUUGGGACUCUGUGGUGUUGUGAGUCUUUCCUAUCCAGACAAGCCCAGCGCUCCCCGGACAUUCCCAGAUGGUCUGGAGAAGGAGCUCGGAGGACCUAAUGCUGCUCCGGCUCGCAAGUCUGGGGAAGAUACUUGGUGA